UUCUUACUCAUCGUUGUUUUUCGUUUUCUGCUGCCGGACUCCAUGUGGAGUGGAGUGGAUGUUUCUGCGGAUUUGGAUGUGGGGCUCUGGAUGUGGGUGCGCAAUUAUGCCGCCAGAGCAACUGAGCAGCCAUAAAUUUUCUUAUCAGCGCCAGGCCAAAAAGACAGGAGCGGUUUGGAGUGGUUUCGAAAUGAGGAACCACUAGGAGUUUGAAAAACUCAAGUUAAGUGGGCUAUGCUUUUGUUUUACCCUAACACACACAUAUUGCACACACAUCUACUCAGACUUAGAUAUACAAUUUGUUAAAAAAUAAGAAACCAAAAUGGAUAAGGUGAAGAUGAUACUUUCCAAUGACGACGAACCAAGGGAUUAUCCGCUCGACGAGGACUUCCAUCUGCUGCGCAACCUGGGCGACUGUCACAAGGCCAAUCUGGCGGACAUAGAUGUCAUAGCGCGAACGACCACCAAAUGUCAGCUCGCAGGAGAUCCGAUUAUUUCGACGGGCAAUCAGAGGAUAGUCACUUCCUUGGAUCGGGCACCAGUUGAUGAGGAAACCGACUCACAGGAGGAGGAGAUGGAACUACUGCCAUGCGGAAUGGGCGAGGAGGGCAUAACCACCGACGAGGAGACGAAAACCCUGACUGCCAUUCAGGGUCUGGACGAGAUACUGAAAAGAAUCGACAUACUGCGUAGUCAGCUCCGCAGGAAUCAGCAAUUGCAGGAUAUGAGCCAACCAUCGGAAGCGCCGGAGGAUCCAAUCUCCUGCAGUGGCCUGAAUGCGAAGCAAUCGGAGAUACGCUGCAUCCAACGUGCCCAGCAUCACAUCCAGUGCCAACUAACCGAACUCCUGUGCCGCUACGACGCGCUCCGGAAUAUGUUGCGCAGCUUGGGCGAAACGUGGACGUGUCUGGAGCGACGGAUUGCCGAUAUUCGGGGCCAGAAUCUCGUCCACUUGGCCUGGACUGAGGAGUGCGCCAACGAUCUAAGCAACUGCCAGCAGAGACAUCGCUCCUUGGCCGCCGUCAAGCUCACCAAAAAGAUGGCCCUGCUCGUGACCAAGACGAACAUGUCCAGUGGCUUUCGCUAUAGCCGUCGAUAUCUGCGUCACGCCCUGAUCGCCCGACAUAUCAACGACUUUCGCUACGAGAUCGCCGAGUUGAAGGUUUUAAGCGAGGAAAUCUUCUCCGAAAUCGAUGGGCGACUGGACCAGAUCAAGAUGAAGGCUGAACGAUUCGGAGUCGUGUUCUCAACCACGCCGCGACAAUCGAAUCUAAUCGCCGAGGGAACGGGCAACACUGAGCUAACCGAGCUAACUGAUGCCACUGAAGCGUUCACCGUUCCAAGGAGCACUAAUCCAAAGUAACAAGUUGCAGGGCACAUAAAGGACGCACAUAUUGAUUAGGAAAUAAAAUAGGAAAAUCAUUAAGUUAUAAUAAGACCACAGAAAAUAAAGACAAAAAUGUAAAAAGUGCGCUCCUGUGCUGGAAUAAAGAAAAAAAUAGUGCUAGUGGGAGGCAGCAGGCUGGCGGAGUGGAAAAUGGGCAAUGAAAGAGGCGAAGAAUGAAGAAUGAAGAGAAGAAAAACAAAAUGAGCCACCAGCAGCACAUGGGUAGUACAUCAUUUCGGACUUUAUCAGCAAAACAGGCAGCCGAGCAGCGCGCGCGUGGGCAGCUCCAGAGUGGAAUUCCGAUGCCGCCAACGCUUCCCCGGCAGCAACAAAGCAGCAGCAGCAACAUCAGUCGCAGCAGCAGCAGCAACAACUGCAAUUGCAACUUAAUUGAGGCUUGUCUAUGCAGUCUUAGCCAAAAGUAACUGCGGUUGCUGCUCGCUCUAUCUUUUCGCUGUUGUAUAGAUGGCUUAUACACACACGUGUGUGUGUGUGUGUUAGCCAUCUCAUGUCGCCCAUUGCGAACUUGAUGCCUCGCUGCCCCAGUGCCUUGAUGCUCCACAGACGACCAGACAGCAGCAGCAGCAGCACAUAUACAUACCCACUAUAUAAUAGCGUACUGAGGGCGUUGAGGCAGCAACAUGCAACAUCCAGGGGCAGAGGGAAGCGGCCGGGAUGAGGGGGCGAUGGGCUGAUGGUUUGCAGAAUCAGCAAGCGAAGCCAUCAUCAUGGCCACCACCAAAACCGACCGAAAAUCAACUACCCUGCAGCUAUGGAACAGUGGGCAAUACAUAAGACUAAAGGGAUAAGAAAUAUUUUAAA